AUGGACAAUAAACAAGGCGUCAACGUCGCAUCCUCUCCCACAUCGGAAGCAAGCCAUGCAGAUGAGUCCCACGAUGCUCUUCUACCCCCAGAGGCGAAGACAGUCGUGCGAAAGAUUGAUUUCCGGAUAAUUCCAUUGCUUUUUGUCACAUAUACUUUGAAUUUUAUGGUUAGCAAAGAAAAUCCACCAAGCGACACGCACUGGAUGUGAAUGUUUGCUGAGUAUCAUGUGAAUAGGACAAAACUAUCCUCUCCUCCGCUGCGGUAUUCGGAUUGAAAGAAUCUACACAUCUCCACGGGACUCAGUAUAGCUGGGUGUCUUCUAUUUUCUACUUUGGCUACCUGUUCUGGGAGUACCCUACCACGAUUCUCAUUCAACGAUUCCCUAUUGGGACAUAUGUGGCUGGAAAUACGUUCCUCUGGGGUGCUGUCGUUGCUCUCACGGCUGCUUGUACGAAUUACGGAGGUCUCAUGACCGUGAGAUUCCUCCUGGGUGUAGCCGAAGCCACCAUCAGUCCGGCUUUCUUGUUCAUUACGAGUUCCUGGUAUACGCGCGACGAAGUCCCCACGAGGGUCGGAAUCUGGUUCGCCGGGAACUCUCUUGGAGGCGUUGCUACGAGUUUCCUGGCUUAUGGACUCGGACAUGUCGACAAUCGCCUGGAGCCGUGGCAGUGGAUGUACAUUGUGCUCGGAGGAAUGACGUUCCUCUGGGCUUUCGUUUUACUCUUCAUGCUUCCGAAUUCCAUCGCGAGUGCUGCCUUUCUCACGACCGAAGAGAAGAAACUCGCACAAACACGCGUGGAACUCUCCGGGACGGGGAGAACGAGAAGUGCCUGGAUUCCUGCUCAGACGAUCGAAUGUCUCACCGAUCCCAAGACGUUUCUCUUCUUCGCAAUCUCGCUGCUAACGCAGAUCCCAAACGGCGGAACACAGAAUUUCGGCAAUCUGGUUUUGAAGGGCUUUGGGUUUACGAGCUUGCAGACGACGCUUGUUACCCUUCCGGCUUCUUUCAUCUCUUUCUUCACCAUCAUGCUCACCGGUCGAGCAGCGGGGCGCUGGAGCAACAUCAGCUUAUACCUCAUCUGCUGUGUGGUCAUCUGCCCGGUGAUUGGAUCCGCGAUCAUCUACGCCCAGGGGCCUUCACAAGGAGUGAAGCUGUUUGGAUACUAUCUCCUCUCCACGGGACCGGCUGCCUUGCCCCUGUCAAUGUCACUGGUGGGUGUCGACUACAAAGGCUCCACGAAAAAAAUGACAAUGACCGCUCUGCUUUUCUUGGCCUACUGUGCUGGGAAUCUUUCCGGGCCGCAGUUUUUCAAGGAUAGUGAGGCGCCGAGGUAUCAGACGGCUUUUCGCGCUAUCAUGGUUUGUUAUGCGCUUGUGCUUGUGGGGGCGAUGGGGCUGAGGGGAUACUUGGUUUGGGAGAAUAGAAGGAGAGAGAAAUUUGAGGGCAAAGGGGUAGCAACUGCCGGCGAGGAUGGUGAGGAAGAGGUGACGGAUAGGAAUAUGGUUGGGUUCAGAUACAGGAUGUGA